UACUUGGUUUGCAUCUUGCACUAUGUUGGGAUGGUUGUAGUCUGUAACUGUGGUUAUGUGAAGUGGGAAUCACCACCUUCUGUGGUGGUGGAGUGAUAACAGUUUAUAGGUUACAGGGAUGAUGUCCUGACGAUACGUUUCUGUGCCAUUAAUCUGCGGUGGCUCAUGGUCCAGGAUUGUGCCUUGACCUUCAGGUGGUGCUGCUUAAUCUCGUUAGCCCCAGGCAGCCACUGUGGAAAUCCCAGUAGACCUGUGCUGGCUGUGCCACACUCUGUAUCUCUACACCACCGGCAUGCAGAACCACCUGUAGAAACACAGGAUGUUUAACUGGGUGGUGAAAGUGGUCCCCCAACUCCCUGAAGCUCCCGGGACCGAUGAAGCUGCUAAGACCCCUGCUGCUGACCACCCCAAAAAUAAAGUGAAGAGUUCUCCACUGAAAAACACAGACGACGUUUCAGAGGAAAGCCAGGCCCAGGCUGGAGUUUUAGGCUGGCUGUCUAAUGGGUUCGUCAGCACCCUGCCUCAACCUGCUGGCUCCCCUCGACUCAGCAGGGCCAACUCUGACGCCAAAUCAGGAGAGGACGGAGAAAGGUCUGGAGUCAUAGGCUGGGUCACUCAGGGUCUGACCAAGGUGUUGCCUCAGCCCGAUGAGAAGUACAAAGAGACUAACGACGACAACGAAGAACACACUGAGGUCUAUGAAGUAGCAACAAUGCCAGAUUUUGAUCCCCUUCCACACAUCCCGGUGGUGGAGAUAGUGUCAGAUGAUGAAGUGUCGGAGAUAGACAGUCUGACCUCUCAAUUCCCACCCAAGGUCGUGAACUGGAUAAAGCAGAUGGUCCCUCAGCCAGUUAUACUGCCCCCUGGUGCCGUACCCAUAGAACCAUCAACCAAGUCCUCCCGCUCCUCUCUGGACAAAAUUUUGUCGCCACCACCUGAAUCUCUCAGUGGAAUCUCACUGGAUACUGACAGCAAGGCCUCGGGCGUGGUUGGCUGGUUCGUGUCAGGACUGGGCCUGAAGAUGCCUCAGCCUGCCAUUCCACCCAAAGAUGAAGCUGAGGGUGCAGCUGAAGUUCUACAGAAAGCUUCAUCCAAACUCAAACCUGACAUGGUACUAGAAGACGUAGAGUCAGACAACGAGGGCCAGCAGAAACAUGAAGAUCAGUCCAAAGCUGCAGCACCAUCCACAUCACUGACUCCACCAUCACCGACAGCACACCAACAGCAGGAAGUGACACAGCAGACGCAGUCCAAUUCACUGCAGUCUCAGAAGUGUGAUGACCACAACCCAGAACCAGAACCGUCUGAGAGUUUGACAAAAAUAUCUCAAGAAGAUGCUGAGACCCAGACGGGCCGCUGGACGCCGUUCAUUGAAAGCAUCAAGAAGGAGGCAGAAGAUGUAGCUUUGGCUACCAUGGAGGAACGUCUGCUGCAGGAGCGUGUGGAGAUGACACGUAUGGCCGAAGAGGUGGCCAGGCAGACAGCUGAGAUGGCCAUUAGACAGAUGGCCAGUGAGGGACAGUCCAUCAAACUCUCACUGGGCAGUCAAGAUCUGCUGGAGGAGCCUGAAGCAGAGCUGCCAGUGCCACAAGAAGAGGAGAGCGAAGUGGAUCACAGUAAAGUCGCAGAAGAGGAACAGAGCCUUUCUGAGGAGAAGGAGGAGACUGAGGAACCUACCAUUAAGGAACCAGAGCCAACGGAGGAAGCAGAGCCACAGCAGACCUCCCCCUCUCCACCUCCAAGUCCUGAACCAGUUAAGACCUCUGAGCCAGAGCCGGAGCCAGAGCCGGAGCCGGAGCCGGAGCCUGAACCAGAACUAGAACCAGAAUCAGAGACCAAGACCCAGGAAGCUGAUUCAGAAGCUGAGCCUGUAACCAAGCAGCCGCAGAAAGCAGAGAAAGACAGUGAAAGCACCAAUGCUGACAAAGCUGGUGAAAAAGAGGAGGAAGCUACUGGGGACGGCUGUGGUGCUCCAGUCAGCUGUGAUGCAUUAAAGAGCUGCCUGAUGCGCAUUCCUCACACCUCCGAGUGCCUCGGCAACAUCAACGCGUUCUUCAAAGAGAACGGCAUCUCCCCUCCCAAAAUACCCUCCAUGCCUAAGCUACCUACCCAGCUCUCUGACGUUACCAAGUACUUACCCUCCCUACCCCCUGAAUUGCGCCAAGAGUUCUCCCAGAUCCGACUCACGCAGGUCCCCCGAAAUAUCGUCCAGACUCUGACUGAGCUUUUGCCCAAAAGCUCAGAGGGUUCAGUCGGCCCCAGUCUGUCCAGUCUUUCCCAGAGCUUUUCAAACAUCCCACAGAAGCUCUCCCAGUUUCCCAGCCAAACGCAGCAGUACUUCCUCAAUGUCCGGAACCGCCUCAACAGCCUUAUGCCUCAAGAUGCCUAAGAACAACAACAACAGCAAAAACAGAAGCAAGACAAGAAUCAGCAAGAAGUUGAACUGAACUGGCUCGUCCGACACUCCCCUCUCCCUCCUCACCCUCCUCAGCUCCGGUCCCGCUCCCCAUCUCCAUCCUCCCCCAACAGUAGCGCCCUCGAAUUGCCCAAUGUGCCAUCCUACCCACGCCUGCCGCCAAUUGUCAGCCCCCCAUCGAAGCAGAUCCACUCACCGUCCCACCAGCUGUCAGGUCUCUCUAACCCAGCGUUCUUCAUUGAAGAUGACUCAGACAUUUCAGCAAUAAGACCCGCAGAGAGCUCUAGCCUCAGCCUUCGUCCAGCUGUCAAUGUAGAGGAUGUCGACUCAGACCACGAGACAGGAGGAGCAGGAGGGGGAGAAGGAGUGGGGGAAGAAGGGAGCAAUAUUCCCCAAGUCCUCACCCCCCAGGACCCCAAACUUACAACCCUCACUGUCCCUGUGACGCCUUCUGGAGGUCGUCAAAGUAAAGCAGAUAAAGAUGAAACAACGCAUAUGCAUAGCUUAUAUGCAUUCAUGGCAAAUGAUUUCACAAGAGAGAAACGCAAAGUAACAUCAGUAGGAUAUGUUAUUUGGGCUACGUCAAGGUGCAAGCUUCUCUGUUGGCAAGUGGAGAGUUUUAGUGGAAGGAAUCGUAGGACUAUCUGGACAAAGAUUAGGAGGCUGCACUCUCAAAGUGAAGAUGAUGAUGAUGAAGCAAGCAUCCCUGUCAGAGCCUGGCCCAGCCAGUCCAGCCUGCACAGCACAGAUGACAUACUGAAAGAGCGUCCAACAUCUUCAGCCAGUCAGACCAGUACAGUGGUCAACGAGCGUCUUCAGGAGCUGGUCAAGAUGUUUAAAGAGAGAACGGAGAAGGCAAAGGAGAAACUCAUUGACCCUGACAGCUCAGAUGAAGACAGCAUCAUCCCCUCUCCUCCUCAGGCUUCAGCUCCUCAGCCUGCUCCUGGAGCUAAGCCAGUGGACGGGGGAGAGAAGGAGGCACAAGCAGGUCUAUCAGGAGGAGGUGGAGGAGGAGUGGAGGAGAGUGGGGCAGAGGAGGAGCAGUCUAGCCCCUGCUGCAAGGUGAAAACUCCUCGGUGGAUACGAGCCUGUAUGCACUACCGCUUCCCUGCCAGCAUCGACCCUUUCACCAAUCUAAUGUACGUGCUGUGGAUGUUAUUAGUCUCUCUGGCCUGGAACUGGAACGCCUGGUUCAUCCCAGUGCGCUGGGCCUUCCCCUACCAGACUCCAGACAAUAUUUACUACUGGCUGCUGACCGACUACCUGUGUGACCUCAUUUACAUCCUGGACAUCACCAUCUUCCAGCCGCGCCUGCAGUUUGUUCGCAGAGGGGACAUAGUGUGUGACAAAAAAGAGAUGAGAAAGAAUUACAUGAAAACAAAACGCUUCAAAUUUGAUGUAGCCAGCCUGGUUCCCCUGGAGCUCUUCUAUUUCAAAACUGGCAUCAACCCUCUGCUUCGCUUACCCAGGCUGCUGAAGAUCAACUCCUUCUUUGAGUUCAACGAGCGUCUAGAGGCCAUCUUGACCAAAGCCUACAUCUACAGGGUGAUCCGCACCACCACCUAUCUUCUUUACUGUCUCCACUGUAACGCCUGUCUAUACUACUGGGGCUCUGCCUUCAUGGGAAUAGGAUCAACCAAGUGGGUGUACAAUGGCGAAGGCAACAGUUACAUUCGCUGUUACUACUUUGCGGUGAAGACCCUGAUCACCAUUGGUGGUCUGCCAGAGCCCACCACCCUCUUUGAGACUAUCUUCCAACUCAUCAACUAUUUUAUUGGAGUCUUUGCAUUCUCUAUCAUGAUUGGACAGAUGCGUGACGUGGUUGGUGCAGCCACAGCAGGUCAGACCUACUACCGCACAUGUAUGGACAACACUGUUAAAUACAUGUCCUCCUAUCACAUCCCCAAAGACGUCCAGAACCGUGUCAAAACCUGGUACAACUACACCUGGCAAUCACAAGGCAUGCUGGAUGAGCUGGAGCUGUUGACUCAGUUGCCAGAUAAAAUGCGUCUGGACAUUGCUGUAGACGUCAACUACUCCAUCGUCAGCAAAGUCCCUCUUUUUCAGGGUUGUGACAGACAAAUGAUCUUUGACAUGCUGAAAAGCCUACGCUCUGUUGUCUACCUGCCUGGGGAUUAUGUCUGCAAAAAGGGCGAGGUGGGUCGGGAGAUGUACAUCAUAAAGGCAGGGGAGGUGCAGGUGGUUGGAGGACCGGAUGGGAAAACGGUGUUUGUCACUCUCGGAGCAGGAUCAGUCUUUGGAGAGAUCAGUUUGCUUGCAGUAGGUGGGGGUAACAGGCGCACAGCAAAUGUAAUCGCCCAUGGCUUUGCCAAUCUCUUCAUCCUGGACAAGAAAGACCUGAAUGAGAUCCUGGUCCACUACCCCGAGUCCAAGAAACUGCUCCGCAAGAAGGCCAGGAAGAUGCUUACCAAGGGAAAGAAACCUGAGCAAAAAGAAGAGGCUAAGGGUCCCCCUCAGGUCCCAGCAGCCCCUGUUAGGCCGGAGACCCCCAAACUGCUGAGAGCAGCCCUGGAGAUGACAGAGAGAUCCGCUGGACUUAAAGGAGCUCUGGCUAAAGUCAAAGAGAAGACCAACAAGUCCAGCAUCUCAUUACAGCCCUCCAUCUCCUCCUCCCUGCUUCCUCCAUCUCCCACCUCCAGCUCCGGACCUGACAGGGACGUGGACACGCCAUCACCCAUCUCUGCGAGCUCCGCAACGAUUCACUCUGCUUCUGGUUGCCGCAAAAACAGCUGCCACGGCAACGCAGACGAAAUGCCCACCAUGGACCAAAGAGAGGAAGGUGUCAGUGAGGUCAAAGGGAACGAGGGUGGGAAGAGGAAGGAAAAGAAGUUGUAAUAAUUAUUUAAAGGACAAGGGAAGGAGGAGACUGCUGUGAGGACUGGAUGACAAUCCCUAAGAGGAGAGGCGAAAUUUGAGUGAUCAAAGGGAAAUAAAGAAACACUUGCUUUAAAGGGGGGAAUAGGAAUAAGCAAUGCUGCGUAUAUCUGCUAUAAAUUGACAGAAUGGUGGAAUGAAAGACAGAGGAGGUCAUAUAAUUGAACAUGUACAAAAACUGUCAUGUCUUGUUGUCAGGCUGAUCUGCUAAAAUUAUGGGGGACAACUUCAUUGCAAAAAUAUCAGGGUAGUUUUCCACUGACCCACAACGCACUUACCCAUUUCGUACGUUAUAACCUUACAGCCCUCUAUCUACAUUAUGCUGUUCAGUUGUAAUGUACCUGUAAACUUGAAAAGCUGGAAUAUUUUGUCACUUUACGUCAAAUAUCAUCAACAUAGCAUUAAUUGUUGUAGGGUGAGCUGUGUUUUGCAUUAGAACCGUUACAUGUUGUGGGCGUCACAGUCUGUCCCUGGUUCUUUCAAGCUGGACCUCUGGAAAACACAACUCCAGCUGGUUCAUUUUGUUCUCCCAUUGCUUUACAGUCUUCUUUCAUCUUUUUUCAUCUCAUUAUUAGAUCACCUAAUGUACAGUAGGAGCAAGCCAUUCCUCGCCUGGUUACCUCAUCAGAAUUCAAGCACAUUUUCAUCAUCUACACUGAGUUUAGUGAAUACAGUGUAGCUAUGAUGAUGAGAGAAUUCUGUGUGGGAUGGCAUAGUCAAGCCGUAACAGUUAACUCAGAUCAGUUAUUUCUAUAGAACCGAACUUCUUGUCUUUCUAAAACAUACACGAAAUGUUUUUGCUGUUGUUGUCUGCGAACUGUUUACAGAUUCUUUUGUAAACUUGAAGUACAUUUUGCCUUAUAUGUUUUACCUUUGUGUUGUGUUGGUGUGAGUAGCUUGCACUGCUGAUGUUUCUACAAGUUGGUUUGAAAAACAGUACAGACCUAGUAAAGCUGUAUUUUACAACAUGAUCAUCCAUACUUCCAUCAUAAGAUAUGUUACAAAUAUAUGUUGACAGGUCAACGUAAGGUCAUCCCAGUUUUUUUAUAUAGUUUUUUAGUCUGUCUUUGACCAUCAUAACUUUAAGCAUAGCAAGCUCAAACAUCAUCUAGCCUCUUAUUACAUCAACACUGGAUUUUACAUGCUAAUAAGAUAUAUAUAUCACUAAUCACUGACUAAAAAAUGUAGCCAUUAAUACAUGUAAUACUAUUGCUUUACAUAUUUUACAACAGUUAACAUUUCUAUGUUCAUGUUCGCUUUGUACAAUAAUGUAAAUAUAUUUGUUUUUUGAGAUUUAGAUGUAUCAUAUUUUCAUUUUUCCUUCAAUGUAAAAUCACUGUACUGCUUAACAGUGUCAUGACAUGUAUAUGCAUUCUAAUAACACUAAAUGUUUAAUUUGUGCUGAAAUGUGUUUAGGACUCAGUAAUGAUGUAAGAAUUAUCCUUUUUGUAUAGAUGGUUUGAUCAUUGAUACAGCCUCAGAAAACGGGCCCAUAAACCAGCUAACCAUACUGCCAGACAAACUGUAGAAAGAAUUAUCAUUGUUGUUUUUUCCUUUAUGGUUGUUUGUGUAAGUGUGUGUGUGUGUGUGUUUGUAGUGAGAGGGGAGAGAUGAGUGCUUAUAAUGGACUCUAAACAAAUGUGUGUGUAUAAUAAUGUCCAUAAACUCGAUUUCGUCACAGAUGUAGCCAUGUCUUUUGUGAAUUUUGUUUAAAUAAAGGACUGUUUUCACCAUA